AUGGGAGGUUGCGUUUCAACAAAUUUACUCAAUGAAAACGAUGAAUUAAACCCCAUUGGGAUUGGCCACCACAUUGUGUCUCUCACUUCCACUACCUAUGGCCUUCUCAAUCUUGAUCCGACCACCACGCCCCCUCCUCGAAUCACACUCAGUCCCGUGCUUUCAAAGAAAGAUGAUCCACCAUCUUCACCUGAAGUUAUUAAUUCCUGGGAGCUCAUGGCUGGCCUAAUUGAGAAUGAGGUUACAACUACUAGUAGUAGCUCUCGCUUUCGGAUCUCUCCUCUUCCCCCUCCUCAACCCUCUAAGCGUGUUCCGCUUAGAGAUCUUGAGAAUUCUAAUUCUAACAAUGUUGUUAGAACUACCCCUGAUUCAUUAGGCGGGCACAAUUGUUAUGAAAAGUUGUGCCCGCCUAAUGGGGGUAGUAGGGUUGUCGUUUAUACGACAACCCUGAGAGGGGUGAGGAAGACUUUUGAGGAGUGUAAUGCGGUUAGGGCAGCAUUUGAAGGACACGGGGUUAGUAUUUGCGAGAGAGAUAUCUCAAUGGAUAGAGGGUUUAAAGAGGAGCUAAGAGAUCUUAUGAAGGGGAAAGAGGAUUCUUUGCCUCCGAAAGUUUUUAUAAAAGGGAGAUAUGUCGGUGGAGCUCAAGAAGUGUUGAGGAUUCUUGAAGAAGGGAAGUUUGCGGAAUUGGUUCAAGGGUUGCCUAGAUUGAACAAUAGGUUAUGUGGGUAUGUUUGUGAUAUGUGUGGUGGGGUUAGGUUCUUGCCUUGUUUUCGGUGUAAUGGGAGUUGCAAGAUGGUUAAGCAAGUUAAUCAGGAGAAUGAUGAAGCUAAAGUUGUUGGUCUUGGGUUCAAAAAGCAAUUGAAUAAUAAUGUAGUUGUGGUCAGGUGUUCUGAUUGUAAUGAGAAUGGUUUGGUGCAAUGCCCCAUUUGUACCUGACUCCUUUGUAUCAGUUAUGCUUUUUUGCAGUCAUGAUCAUGUACACUCAAUCAAGACUUUCCAAGCUGCUAAAGUUGUUGGCAUCAAGAAGCCAAAUAAUGAUGUACUUGAGAUCAGCUGUUCUAGUUGUAUUGUAAAUGGUUUGAUGCUCUGUGCCAUUUUGUUCCUGACACCCGUCACCCCUCAACAUCUGGUUCGCUUGUUCAAAGACAUAUCUAUGUAAAUCCUAAAUACCUUCCCUAAAUUUUCUACUAUAAUAUUAGUUUACAUAUUUACAUAAUGCUUUGAGUCUUUGACGCUUUAGCUGUAUGCAGCUAUCUAAAAAUCAUUAAUUAGAUGAGAAGUGCAGUAGUUCUAUAAUUUCCUUAUGGGGUUUAA